AUGGCCAAGUCGGCCCUCCCCUCCGCGGAUAACAUUUCCAUCGACGAAUUCCAGAGGUACCUCGAACAGUAUCCAUCGUGUCUGAAGGCGAUAUCCGAAUCCAAAGGAGCCAAGCCUGGUCAGGAAACGCUUGCUAGCCUUGACCACUAUCGCUAUGAAAAGGCGAUAGACACAUUUCGGUCCAAGGAUAAGAGCGUAUCUAUGGGCCUUGACGAUGUGAAGACUCUCGUUGAGUGGAAACUCCGUCAUGGCAAGUUUCGACCCACUUUGAUGAAACUUGUGUCUUCGAACGAGCCAGGUUUCGUGAAAGACACUAUCCAGAAAGCCAUCAACCACUAUCGGCGGAAGUCGGACUUGGCCGGCACCCUGAACAUUCUAACACAGCUCAAAGGCAUCGGCCCGGCCACUGCAUCUUUGCUUCUAGCGGUCCAUGACGCCGAAAAUGUCAUAUUCUUUGCGGAUGAGGCCUUCCACUGGUUGUGCUGCCAUGGGUCUAAGGCGCCUAUCAAAUACGAUCAGAAGGAGUACAUGGAGCUAAAUAGACGAGCCCAGGCACUAGCCAAGCGACUCAGCGUCAAGGCGGUUGACGUGGAGCGUGUGGCAUUUGUUCUGAUGAGAACUGUCACCCCGGAAGCGCCAGCAGGAGCCGGCAAACCAUCCUCGGAGCUACCAGCCGACAACAAGGCCAAGAAACAGCCAGCAAAGCGAAAGGCUUUGGAUGAUGAUACCAGCGUUGAGCCCCCCCAAUCGCAACGCAUAUUGACUGGGCCCCUUCCAAUCUCGUUGCGUGUGCUCAACCACAAACAGAGGCUCAGAAAGGAUGAGAUGCGGCCCUUCCCGAGCGCUGGCCCUAUUCAACUGCAACCGAGAUUCGCCGCUAUCAAGGAAGGCCUGGCGGCUGGGAAGGAAGCCGCGCUCGCGGCUUCAUGGGGCCGGCUCCUGCGUGAUCUUUCCAAAGAGGUCGAUCAGGUAUCACUACUAGGAUCUGGUGCCAUACCGAUCAUCGACUUCACGAAUAUCACAAGUUCCGCACAGGCAGAGAGUUUCUCAACGCAUCUCCGCGAAAGGGGAGUGGGCAUUAUCCGGAAUGUGGUUUGCCGGGAGACAGCUCUCGCCUGGAGUCAAGAUGCAGGAGAGUACAUUGACCGGAAUUCGCAUACGAGAUCCUCGGCGCCAAAGCAUCUGCAGCUGCAUGAAGUCUACUGGAGCACAGCCCAAGUCAGGGCACGAGCCCACCCGAACCUCCUAGCCGCACAGAGGUUUGCGAUGAGUAUAUGGAAGUCCAAGGACCCGAAUGCCAGGGUCACCAGCUAUUUCCCCGUCGCAUAUGCCGAUAGACUGAGGACAUGGACGAGCAUUACUGCUGACGUAACCAACAAUGCACACAUUGACGGCGGCAGUGUCGAACGCUGGGAACCUGAUGGGUAUGGCCGUGCAGGGACAUAUGAGAAGAUAUUUCAAGGUCGUUGGGAAGAGUACGACCCUUGGGAAAGCAGCACCCGACUCGGCGUAACAAGCGAUCUGUACCAUAAAGCUGGCGCCUGCUCCAUCUUCCGCAUGUUCCAAGGUUUGCUGGCGCUCGACCACAUCCCGUCGGGCGGCCAGGGCUCGGUACGAGCCUGCCCUCUACCCCGUCUCGCAACCGCCUAUGUUCUCCUACGACCCUUUUUCUCCUCAUCCUCGUCAAACCCGUCCGAAAAGCCCAGUCUCACAGACGGCUGGUCCUUCGCCCGCCCGCAAAAUAGCAUCCUCCACGGUGCCAUUCCAAGCUACGCUCAGGAGAUCAGCCCAGCGCUGCACCCGCACUUGCAGCUCGAUCGCAGCCUUGUGCCCGUCCCCGAUCUCCAGCCGGGCGACUAUCUAAUCUGGCAUCCGGACUUGAUCCACGCCAUCUCCGACGGCGCCUACGACCGCGGCGGCGGCGGCGGCCCGCGGCAGACAAGUCCACGUCGAAACGCAACCACAAAGCCGAUGUACAUGUGCCUGCCAGCGUGCCCCCUGACGCAGACAAACGCGCUCUACCUGUCCCGCCAGCGCAAGGCCUUCUUGCUGGGGCAUCCCGGGCCAGAUUUCGGCGGGGGUGCAAGGGAAAGCGACCACCCGGACCGGCCCGGCGUGCAGGAGGUGAACGAUGCUGGCGGCGACGAGGGGCUGCGGGCCAUGGGGCUGUUGCCGUGGGACGAGGAAGAGGCGGACACGGAUGAGGAGCGGAGAGUGCUGGCUAUGGCGAACGGGAUAUUAUUCCCGGAUCUGUACGAUAUGGUCUAG